AUGUCUCAAUCGAAAACUCAGGACGGGCAGGAGGAGGCCGCCAGUGCUUCCCCGCGUGCCGUUCUCAAGACAAGGACGGCGUUUCAGAUAUACAAGACCGACGGGGCGCCAGGGAGUGCCGCCGCGUUUAGCACACUUCCUAGUGACGAGGUGCUGCCGUAUAAGAUAAAGGCCGACGAAAUGACACUCGUGUCUGCUCUGGACGUCGUGGAGGCUGACGCCGGUGACAGAAGGAUGUACGGGCCCGCCACGCUACACCUGGUGGUUAACUACCUGUCGGACCUUCUCUCCUUCAUCCCGUUGGGUGGUCGCUCACACGUCUUGCCGAAGGUCAGCAUAAACUACAACGCCCUUCAGCGUGCCGUGGCCCUGUACGGGGCCACAGAGGCCGUGGAGGGGGCACUCACGCAGCUCGCCAUAACAAAUCCCAGCGCCUCUGAGGUGCCCAUUCGCGUGAUUUCGUACUUUAUGGAUCAUUUUAGCGUCAUUGAAAAGUCUCUUCGGCAAGAAAUGCGGGACUCAGGGGAAAAGGUGGGGAUGUUUACAAAGUCCACCGCCCCUGCCCCCGCGUUGGCGGCCGUAGGCGAUACGAGCAUCAAUGAUGUCAACACUUCCGUCUCCUCAGAGACAGCCUCGCGCAAGCGCCUGGCCCCCUCGCGGGAAGAAACAUCAGCCGCGGGUGAAACAGAAGAGGCCAACGCGGCAGCACCAGUUAAGAGAAUAAAAACAGAAGGAGGCAAGAAGGCGUCUGGUAACGUCAAGAAUACGAGUACGCAGUUCACCUUGCGGCGAAUGUUGUAUGGCCGCCUGCGAAUGUUAACAAGUCAAGAGAAGAAGGUGGUCACACUGCUCAAUCAACUGAUUCAGGUUCUCGGCCAGGUGUAUGCGGCGCGGUACAAUACUCUGCUGCCCGUAUUUGCACUGCUGGAAAAUAAGGUGAAACAAGCACAAGAGAUCAUUGAUGCGGAGCGUGCUGCGUUUCAGUCCAAAUCCGAAAACACAGAAAAAUCAUCUGAGCCAUUUUUGGAAGUGACUUUGGAGGGCAUUCUACAGGCGAUUCAACACGCCUCUCAUCUUUUUAAAACCGAUGAGGAAUGCCGCUAUGAACUGGAUGAGGAUUUGCUUCACCCCAUUGCACAUGCCUGUAUGACGGAGGUUAACCGGAUUGAGGGAUUUACCACGACGCCUUUUGAAGGACCAUCAAAAGAGGCACUUGAAGCCAAAGCCAAGGCGCGUGAAGCCGCGCGAGCAAAGCGAGAGGAGCAGCGCACGAAAGCCCUUGAGAGGGCAAGGGCGAAGGAAGAUUUGGAGGCAAAGAAAGAAGAGGAGCGAAAGCUCAUACGUGCCCACCUAGGUGAAUUGGACCCGACGAGCCUCGUGGAGGACACGAGUAUCAAAAAUCCCGUUAAAAUUGCUUAUGUCCGUUACGGUAAAUUGCCGCUGGAACCUCCAGAAGAGUAUGAGCGGGCCCUCUUUAUUUGGGCUAUGAUUACCUCGCUGCCCAGGCCCUUGCAUCUUUCACAGAUGCCGUUUAAUUUGUUUCUAAAAGGUCUGUUGUCGGAUGAGGGGCGCGACAAUGGGCUUAUGGAGGAAGUUGUGCUUGCGCUGCUAGAUGUGGCCAUGGAAAGUCUCCGUGCCUCCAAUGGUCCGAAAAUCUCCACACGUGGCAAGGACUGGUUCGGCAGCAUGGUUGAGUUCGUGGCGGUGUCUAGUGGUAACAAAAAGACUCGUCCGCCACCUCGUCCGAAGGCAACUUCGUACGAUGACGAUGAGGAGGAGGAGGAGGAGGAUGAUGAUGAUGAAAGUGACGAGGCGGAAGAGGAAGAGGACAGUCAGAGCGCGGAGGAAGGAGGAGGAGGAGGAGGAAGGUGCAGAUGCGGAUGGAGCGGAAGCCGCCAGCUCCAAUGA